ACAAUUGGAAAUGUGGUAGCCAUGAUUCGAAACAAUAUGGCCUCUGUGUAAAUGUAGCUUUUACAUAUAACUAGUCAAAUAAAGUAGAUAAUUAUUAACAUUCUUUUGUCUAUUCUCCUAACAAGUUUAUCGGCAAGUUUUUACAUCGAUUUACAUGUCACGUGAUCACAAAGAACGCGCGCGGAAAAAUUUGAAAAUUCUCGAAAUAUCUCGCAUAUAAUUCUUUACGUAAAACAAGAGAAACAAUUAAUUUGUAAAAUUUGUACGAUGUCCAAACCAAUUGUUUUCGUUACGGGUAACGUUAAAAAGUUGGAAGAAUUUAUUGCAAUAUUGGGAAAAAAUUUUCCUCGUGAAAUAACGAGCAAAAAGAUAGACCUUCCGGAAUAUCAAGGUGAAAUCGAUGAUAUUUGCCGAGAUAAAUGUCGUGCGGCAGCAAAAAUUGUUAAGGGUCCGGUCAUCAUUGAAGAUACUUGUCUUUGCUUUAAUGCAAUGAAAGGUCUUCCAGGGCCAUAUAUAAAAUGGUUUCUAGAAAAACUAGGACCCGAGGGAUUAUACAAAAUGCUUCAUGGUUGGGAAGAUAAAAGUGCUGAGGCUGUUUGUACAUUCGCUUAUUGCGAAAAUGAAGAUGAGAAUACUCCGGUACUCCUUUUUCAAGGACGAGUUCAAGGUACCAUCGUCGAUCCACGAGGAUCAAGAGAUUUCGGUUGGGAUCCGUGUUUUCAACCUUUUAAUUAUGAUCAAACGUAUGCCGAAUUAUCUAAGCAAGUGAAGAAUGAAAUAUCACAUCGUAGCAAAGCUUUAGAAAAAUUAAAAGAUUACUUUGUAAAACAAUCUUAAAAUCCGUUAAUAAACGAAAGAUCUUUGAAA